AUGCUCCAGAUGGAAACUGAAAGGCUCAGCACUAUGUCGCCUCAGAUAGAUGCGUUGCUGAAUGUUACGCGGGCUGACCCCUUUUGUUCUGCGCCUACUCUAUAUCAGGCAUCGUGA